CUUGUUUCUGACGUCACGUCCGUAGGAGGUAGUUCUGAGGGAGCUAACGUAGAAUAAUUUAUUAUUAGAUUUUGCUUAAAUAAGAAAUAAGAAAACAGAUGUCAAGAUGAUCCUCACUGUUAAACCGCUUCAGGGAAAAGAAUGUAACGUUCAGGUUGCAGAAAACGAGAAGGUGUCGACGGUGAAAGAACUGGUGUUUGAGCGCUUGAACAUACCACCUCAUCAGCAGCGACUGCUUUACAAAGGAAAAGCUUUGGCAGACGAAUACAGAUUGAGUGAUUACGCCAUCGGCCCAGAGGCCAAGUUGAAUCUGGUGGUGCGGCCGACAGGAGAGAGGAACAGCCGGGCGAUGGUCAGCAGUAAUUCCACUACCAGCAGCAGCAGUGGGAGCACUGCUAGUGGAGUUUGGCAGUUACUCUCCACAGUUUUGGCCAAACAUUUCAGUCCUGCAGAUGCAGCCAAAGUCCAGGAACAGCUCAUUAAGGAUUAUGAACGUUCUCUCAGACAGCUCAGCCUAGAUGAUAUCGAGCGCCUGGCUGGACGUCUGUUGCAUCCUGAGGCCGAGGGAAUGGACAUGUCGUGCAUGGACUGAGACGAGCUACCGUGUGUGUGUGUGCGCUUGUGUGUGUGUUUGAGAGUCAGUGCACACUUUAACAACAGCAACACGAUGAUCUGAUGCUUGUAAUGUCUAUGAUGAGGACAUUUAGGAACAAUGGGACUGUAAGACUACGUGUGAGCACGACUCAGCUAAAAAUAUUGAACAGAAGAUUCCUUUCCGGUCUUCUGAUCAGCGAUUAAGUGACAUGAACUGCACUUUUGUUUCGCAACAUAUUUCCUUUGUCGUGCUUUCAGAUGUCCUGCCUUUUACACCUGUGACAGCUAUCAGCAUGCUGCAAUGUUUUUGUUUGUUAAACUCUUCACGUGUGGGUUAAAUUCAAGACAUUUUAAUGUCGCCGUGUUAUCUGAUACGGGACUGCAGGCAUAAACCUACAGUACAGUAGGAGUUGCUUUAUGCAGGAAGCCAAUAUAAUCAUAGCACAAAUACAGAUUGAGCCUCGUGCAUGAAAAGAGGUCGUGUUUCUUUUUAAACUGCAUUCGUACUGUUUUUGAUUCGCACUCGCCAACAUCCUGUGAAUAUUUCCUCUUUCGGGGGAAUCGCUGUCAUAUUUUUAGGAAAUGUUCCAGUACUUUAUCAGACCAUGUGCAUUUUUUUUGUUCAAGCCAUUGGAGCUUUGACGGUUCGAGUCAGCCCUGAUUUUCGACACAGAACUUAACCCAAGAUGUUUUCCAGUAAUACUAAUAAAAAUACUAUGAGCUGCAUUACAGCAACAACUCUGUACCUCACAGUGCAUCACAGCUACCUAAGAAAGGACCAGGUCGUCAUGGAGAUCAGUCUGACCGCAUCGUUUUUACCGCCAAGAUCGUCUUGCAACUCAUGAACGGCCUUUUAAAACCAGUGUUGAACCCCCGUCUGUACGGCUUUAGCUCGAACGAUGAUCACGUGAUCAGCGUAAACUUCAUGAUCACAUUUCAGGUUUUCAGUCUACAUACACUCUGCUGCUUCACGUUAUGUUCGGAUGAAAAUAUUUAAGGUAGUAAAGGAGUCCAAAUUCAUCACUACUGACCACAAAGUUAGUGUUGGGCCAUGUAUAAGUAAGCACUCUGACUUUGUAAAUACUGUUUAUUAUUGUUAUUAAAAAUGAUUACAUUCA